AUGAGAAUGGAUUAUCAUGACAAAGGCACCCAUUUUAUGAGUAUAAAACAACACAUUUGUUUUAUUAACAAGAAAAGCAAUGGCUGUGGAAAAGGGAGUUGUGGACAUGUGAGCAAAGCCACUUUGGGUUGGGACGAUAUCUCAACGAACGCUGACAAUGAGGAAGAUAGUGAGGGAGCCCAAACUGGCAACCACAGUUGCACAAGUAACGAUGUGAGUGCGUACCACCCAACUGACGCGGGUGGCAGCGAAGGCUGCAUCAGCGAGGACGCCCGCAGCAUUAGCGGCAGUAUUAGAGGCAGCAUUAGCCGCAGCACAAGUCAUAGCACCAGUCGCAGCACCAGUCGCAGCAACACUGGUAGUACAAUAACCUGCCGCAGUUAUACCAGUCGAGGGGCCACUCAUAUGGGGAAGUUUAAAAGCUCCGCAAGUAAAAACCUUUCGAGGAAUAAGCCCAGCAGGAAUAGAAUCAAAAAUGAGCUAAAGAAUGAGAUAAAGGGUGCUGGACCGAAUAGACGCAAAAGUAGCCCCCUUUCAUUCAAACGGAAUGCACCCUUCAGUGAAAAAAACGAUCCACAGAGUCGUGUCAACAAUAAUGAUCUAACACGGAGUAGCAGUUGGUGCACACCAAAUGGGGUUAUCCGUGUGGAGAAAAAUAAAGUUAAUGAUAAGGUUAAUUAUUCCCUAUGUGCACAGGAGGAGGCAGAUAAGAGAUCAGCGAAUGGUGAGAAUAUUCCCACGUCAAUUGUUACCCCUGCAAGUUGUGUCUACGGGGCAAAUUUAAAUCCAUUCGUGGAAGAACAAGCUAGGCACUUAUUGAUGGAAGCUAGCAAAAGGAUAAUAAAUGAUCGAAGGAAUGACGAAUGUGAUGAUUACAAUGUGGAUAGCGGUCAGCAUCACAGGGACUUUACGUUCAGCAGUCACGCAGAUGUAAAAGAGGAUGUGGAUAACUAUUUUUUCAAAGGUGGUGAUGACGUGGAUCAGACAGACAGUUGUGAGCCCCCAUCGAGACAUGCACCCCUUUCGAGGAUGUCACGGGGUAGUAGCGACAGUGUGAGUAGAGUAAACGACGAGAGUAACAUUACCAGCGUCACUAACGUAACUAAUGUCAAUCGCCCGAGUGGCAUCACCAACAUAAGCGCAAGUGUAAGCUGGAAGGACAGAAAUGGUAUCCCCGUUUGGUUAAGAAGCAUUGAUGCAGUGUUGGGCAGCAGGACUUCCACCACCCCGACAGGCGCUGACCACAUUGAUGUGGCCGAAAGGGUCCACGACACCUUUGAACUUCCAAACGCUGAUGUAUCCCCAGUUGAAGAAACCAAGCUGCAGAUAAGGAACUCGAAUAACAGCAGUUGCAGGAAGAAGCAAGACAGCAGCGGGGGCAAAGGGGGGGGUACGAACAAAGCAGCAGAUGGGAACAGCAAAGAGGUUAACAAUUAUAGGGGAAAUGCCAACGCAAAUAAUAAUAGCGGCAACAGCGGGAAUAAUAGCAGUAACGGUAAUGGUAAUAGUAGCGGGAAUCGAAGUGGGAACAGCAAUCGGGAUAGCGGCAAGGAUGAUGAUAAAGAUGGUCAUAGGGAUGGUCGAAGAGAUGGGCGAAAGGAUGGACAUAAGGAUGACGACAACGAAAGCAAUAAGGAGGAUGACGAAAACGACAGCAAGGACACCAACAAAAAUAGCAGAGGAGGAAAUCGAAAAAAUAACAGCGCGGAUAGAAGAAAUGACUGCGGCACGAAGGAUAACACUAUGGGCAGAGGGGACAAGAAAAAGAAGAAUGUGAAGGAUCCCAUGAUGAGUAAAGGCAAUAAUGGGAAGAACAGCAACAGUGCCGCCACCUCUGGGAACAGCACAAACAGUGCAAGUAAUAAUGUGGCUGGCGGUAAUGUGGCUGGCGGAAAUGUGGCUAGCGGAAAUGUAGUCAGCGGAAAUGUAUCCAGCGGAAAUGUAUCCAGCGGAAAUGUGGCUAGUAAUACGAAUAGUAGCACUGCCUAUCCCUGUGGAAAUGUGGAGAGCCAUCAAAAUAAUACCGUCUCGUAUGCAAACAUUAUUUCCGGAAAAUCCAAGAACAGGACGAAAUGCAACACCGCGUCCUCUGUGGGCAGAAUGAAUGAGUUACCCAAUAAUGUGAAUAGCAAAAUGUUCGCAAGUUCAGCUAAUACUUUUGAUAACAAUGACAGCUUUAUGAGCAUGGAUGACAGCAUGAACAGUUGCAACACGAGCAACAUGGAGAUGAGGAUGUUUAGCCAAGUGAAUGGAAUGGGCGUGUCCGGCGGAUUGAACGGGCUGGGUAUGCCAGGGGGACCGGGCGGACCGAGCGGACCAAGCGGCCUAAACGCAAUGUACAGCUUAAAUGGGAUGGGUGGUAACCUGAACGGAAUGGGCAGCCCAAACGACAUAAGCUCCCUAAACAGCAUGAGUAGCUUCGCCGACCCGCACAACAACGCGGGGGCCUUCUUCAACCUAAACAACAACGAAUUCCUUCACAUGUGCAACAAUAAUUUCAAUUUGACCAAUGGAGGUAGCAUGGACGCAAACAACCCCAAGUAUCUGCACAUGGAAAAUAGCCUGGGAAAUGCAAAUGGUAUAAACAACAACACAGGCAGUAAUGCUUUAUUCAACCCGAAUAAUAACAGCGUGUAUGAAGGGAAUUACACCAUGCAGGCUAUGAGAGCAGGCCCAGGGGGGGGAACCACCCAUAUGGACGUAGGAAAUAUAAAAGAUCACUACAUAAAUUAUGGAAAUAAUGGCAUGAUGCAAAACAGCAGUGAUCUUUUCUACAAUGAACAUAAGGAAAAAAUGUAUCUACAUAUGACGGGUAACUUGAACGUGAGCGCAAAUGGGAAUAAAUUUCACGAAGAAAAAAAAAAUAAUGGCUACUUUUUAAAUAGAAGUCUGCAAGAAAAGUAUGAAGAAGAUAAAAUGGUACAGAAUGGCUACCUCAAAAUGAAUGUGAACGAACUGAGUAAACACGAAAAUGAUAAUUUUAAUCACAUGCUUAAGAACGAGUGGAUACUUUACAAUAAGGAGGACAUAAAACUAGAUACAGAGAGUAACAAAAUGGUCGUAACGAUGAAGGAGAGUGUAUCAAAUGACAAACAUAUGAACCAAAAUUUAGAAGAUAGUCUAAAUUAUAAUGAAGCCAACACACUGAACUUGCUAAAUAUUGCUUUUAAUGAGAUUUAUCAAAAUAAAAAAUAUCUGAUUGAACAAAUUAUUACCAAGAAAUUUAUGUGUAAGCUAGCUAAAAUUUUAAAAGAUAUUAAUCCGGAGAGUAUUAAAAUUAAGGGCAGACAACUGAAGCGCUUGAUACAAAUCAAGAAAGGGCUCGUGAAGAAGGAGGAAAAGGUUCAACCAGGUAGGGAAAGGAAUGCCACUGACCCUUAUGACAACGCAAACAAUGGUGAUGGCAACACUCAGGGGAAUACCGACGGGGCGUCCGAUAAAGUGACCAAGUUGGAAGGUGGUCACUUGGGACAGAACGAGUCCCGGGAAAAGGGUGCAUCUGUCAAUGGUGGCAUGGAGAAAAGGAAGAGCAACAGUGGCAGCAGCGGCGGUGAGGUGGGCGAAGCGAGCGAGGUCAACGGGGUGAACGAGACCAGCGAACCGAAGAAGGAGGCGGAGCCGAAGAAGAAAAAAAAGAAUAAGAAGAAUAACGACAAGUGUGAGAAGGGCGAGAAGGGAGAUAAGAGCGAGAAGGGAGAUAAGGGCGAGAAGGGAGAUAAGGGCGAGAAGGGCGAGAAGAUCGCCAGCCUUAACGAAUCCCACUCCAGCGACGCGAAUAAUGCAAGCAGUGCGAACGGUGUAAACAGUGCAAACAGUGCAAACAGUGCAAACAGCGCGAAUGAUAAGAGCGACCAGAAGAACAAAAAAGAGGGCGAGGAUAGAACGGUAGAAGGCAACCCUAACGCGCAAGGCGAAUCUAAAUGUCAAAAUAAGGGCACUGACCAACCCCCCGCGCAGGAGGAUAAGAGUGGUUUGGCGGACAAGCAAGGGAAGAAUUGCAAGAAGGGUAAAGAAGACCCAUCGGAAGAAGCUGCCAACACCCAUAAGAAGAAAAAAAACGAUUUGAAGGAUACCGCCCAUAGGACCAACGCCAACGUGGAGAAUGCAAAAAGCAGCGGAAAUAAAAGCGACGGCGGUGCCAUGAACGAACUUGGGCAAGAGGAUCCAAACAGUGGAGGAAGUGCAACUAAUCAGAGGAAAAAUGAAUCGUCCAAUUGUGAAUAUAAAGAGGAGGAGGAGGAAGAGGGAGGCGUAAAUCUGAUCGCAUUUACCAAAACGAGUAAUGACAACACAGUGGAGGAAAAUGCAUGCGUGAGCGAAAGCACGGAUGUGGAGUUUUACAUCGAUAGCAGUGAUGAAGACGAAAAUGAUGAUAGCAAGUACAUCACAGGAAUUAACGACCGAUACGAAGAAAAAAAAAUUGAGGAGGACGUGAUCAUAAGAAGAGAUGUUUUUUUCUUCAACUUGUUAAAAUUUAUUAUAAAAAAAAAAACAUCAGAUGAUAUGCUCAUAUAUUUACACCUACUGAGUGCCAUAAAAAUGGAUAAAAUAUUUGACCAUGUUACUCAUUUGUCGUGUGAAAUUUUUAAUACCUUAUUAAAUUUUAUCGAGAUAACAAAGGAUUCCUCAACCUAUAGAUUGCUAUUAAAAAAUUUAGGGGCCUGGAUAGGCAUAAUAACAAUAGGCAGAAAUAAACCACUCAUGUCAAAGCAUAUGAAUAUUAAGCAAUUAAUUUUGUACUCGUAUGAUAAUGGCUACCUGAUAGUGACCUUUCCAGCUGUGUGUAAAAUUUUAGAGAGUAUUAAAAAUUCCAAAAUUUUUAAGCCGCCCAAUCCAUGGACUGUUGGCAUUUUAAAUUUACUUGGUGAACUACACGAAGCGCAGUCCCUAAAGACCAUCUUAAUUUUUGAAAUAGAAUUACUGUUUAACUAUUUUAAGAUUAAUGUCUUUGAUUAUUACAACAAGUGCAACAUUAUCAAGUGUCGUAAUUUGCCCAUAAAUACGAAUGAUUUAUUCGUUAGGAAUAACUUCAACGAGAACAAUACCAUGGGUGUGAAUUACCUAGGGGAGAGUAGUAGCCACUCUGGGGGAUAUCUAACCCCAGGGCAAGUGUAUAUGUUUAACAAGUCCUACAAUGCGUGUGGCAAUUUUUACGGAGAAAAUUUCGUGCAUCAAAAUGGGGGAAGUGGUAGUGGUAAUGGAAAUGCGAGAAAUAAUGAGAGGGGUGGUAGAGUGUUGGAGGCAGUGACAGCCGAUGGAACUGAUGCGUUCUUACUUGGUAAGGACCCCCGAUUCAAUGCUAUGAAUAAUUAUAAUAAUACCACGUCUUCCAUCAUGACGACCAUCACUAACAAUAAUAACGGCGCGAACGAGUUUGUGAGCCAUAAAAAUGGCAGCUCAAAUUUGUUAAUUAAAAGUAGAAAGGGCGAAGAUCUGAAGGAAGCGAGUAACGCUAUGGAAGCCUGUGCCCUCAUUGACGCCAUCAGCCUUAGCGGCAACAACAAUAACAACAGUAGCCACAAUAGUAACGGUAACAACAGUGGUAACGACAACAACCUCGGAAUGAUGAACAGCAUGGGCGUCCUCGGCAACGGAAGUAAAAACGACGCCGCCAACAUGGCAUUCAAUUCGUCAGUAGAUAUGAUCCUCCUGGGCAACAAGGGAGCGGGUAGCGGAAAUAAAAGCAGAUUUAUGAGCUCCAAUUUGACCCAACCCUUGCCUUCCAAAGGGUUCCAAAAAGGUGUAGAAAAUGGAUACAAAAUGGUAACCAAAAAUAACAUGAAUAACGAAAUGAUAGUAGAGAAUAAUAACACGAUGAAAAAAUUAUCCGCAAGUAGCAACACGAAGGAAAGUCAAUCCAUGUCAGUUUUUAACUAUAUGAGUGGAGGUGGUGGUGACCCCAGUAAAUUUAACACUCUUAUGUAUGUAGGGGAGAAUGGUGGGCCGUAUGGUGGAUCCCCCGGCACCAGUGCUGGAAAUAGGAACGGCGAUUUUUCUCUCCUUUUGAAUAACGACGGGUUAGCAGCGAAAGGCAACGGAAAUAACAUCAAUGAGGAGGCACUACUGAAGGAUUUAAAACUUUCAACUAAGAAGAAGGACAAACUGAACGACGCAGAGUUUAAGGACAACUCGUACAAAGUUGUAAAUUAUCUGAUGGGUAAAAAUAAACUCUCUGUAAGUAGCAAAAACGAUGGACCAUACAAAAGCAUAGAUUUGAAAAGCGCAAAAAUGCCGUUGAAAAAUGAAAUUUAUGAAAAUCCCAAGAGGGAGUCCUACGUAUCGUCCCCAUCGAGUACCAUGAAUUUGAACAAAAGUUUUGGGGAACCACCAUCUGGUGUGAAGAAUGGUGGCGGCAUUCCUGCGCCCCCGCUUCCUCUGCCCUUGUUGGACAAGUUCAAAGCGAGCGAGCAGGUCGGGGUGAACAUGGUCAGCGGCGUUGGCAGCGUUGGAGGAGUUGGCGGCGUUGGAGGCGUUGGCAGCGUUGGAAACGUCAGUGUCGGCAUGCCCAAGGGCAAAAACGGAAAUAAUGGAAAGGCCAGCAUGCUAAGCAUGGGCAACAGCGGUACUGACGGAGGAAACAAAAACACGACGCCCCCAUCUGCAUAUGGCGUAACGAGCGACAUGAACCAAAAAAUGCAGAGCACACCGAUGUACCAAGAAAACGUGAACAACAACAAAUUUAACGAAAUGCUAAACGAAGAAAUAUUAAGCAUUUUGAAGAAAAACAUAGUGAUAUCAACGAACAUUGUUGCAGCAGUUAAGUUAAACCUAAAGUGCAAAGCGCUAAUUUAUUUAGCCUUCGACUCAGCCAUCAAGGAAAUAAUCACCUCCGUUGUUGAUCGCUUUGUCCUCAUUGGGUGUAUAACUACGAGAGAAUUAGUUAAGAAAGAUUUUGUGAACGAAUCGAAAGAAACGAUUAUGCAUAAGGCCUCCCUACUAAUGGCCACGAGUAUCUCCUCCUCCCUCGUUCUAGUAUCCUGCAAAAAACCAUUAAGGAAUAUAUUAAUACAAAAUCUGAGAAACGUUUUUGACCAAAACUGCCCCCCAGAAGUGAGUAGCACAAUCGUGGACGAUGUCGUGAAUGCAUUAAUUAAUGAAAAUAUAAAUUUAAUUUAUUCUAUAAUCGAACAAGUGGCUAUCGAAAAAUCAUCCAUCGAAAUCGAAGAAAUCAUGAAGCCUAUUUAUGCCUCCAGGAAAUAUGCACGUAUUCACAAAUUAAACAUUAAGGAAAAUGCCAACAAUAAAUACUACAACGCCUUGCCCAUCUUUUUGAAAGCGCAUAAUAUAACCCUCAAGCAUAUUCAGGUGUAUAAGAAUUUUAUGAAUUUGAAAAUUUUGUCCAAUUUGCAACAGAAGUUAUUCUCGCCUGGGGGAGUCGAUCAUGAGGGGGGCUCCAGUGAAAGUGAGAACGCCCUCCCGGGUUAUGUGGGAGGUGGGAAUUAUCAAGGUGGUGGUGGCUACCAAGGCGGUGGCAACUAUCAAGGUGGUGGCAACUAUCAAGGUGGUGGCAACUAUCAAGGCGGUGGCAACUAUCAAGGCGGUGGCAACUAUCAAAAUGGUGGCAACUAUCAAGGUGGUGGCAACUAUCAAAGUGGUGGGAGUUACCAUAAUGGUGGGAAUUACCAAAGUGGUGGCAGCUACCAAAAUGGCGGGAAUUACCAAAAUGGAGGGAACUACCAAGGUGAUGGGAAUUACCAAGUUGGGGGGAACUACCAAGGUGGGGGGAACUACCAAGGUGGGGGGAACUACCAAGGUGGGGGGAACUACCAAAGUAGGGCAAACUUUGCCAGCGAUGGGAACGUCCAAGACGGCUCCAACGGGGUAGGCAACCCCAACGGAGUAGUCGGCGCGAACUAUCAAAGCUAUCAAAAUAGGAAGAACAGCGAGAACGUGCCGAAUGAAGCGCCCGGGGAGACCCCCUUCUACAACAACAAAAAGUACAUUUCGAAUCCGCUGGAUGGAAGGAACGAAGAAAAGGUCAGAUAUCCAAAGGAACAGGAUGGAGAAUAUGGUAAGAACGGCCCACUCAAGACCAACCGCAAGGAGGACACGAAGGAGGACGGCGACAAGGCGAAUAGGUACCUGGAGGAGAAGUACUAUAACGAAAGCAGUGCAGACAACGAGGAGAAUAACGAAAACAUCGGAGGAGGAAGCGGCGGAAACAGCAUCAUUGGAGUGUCACCUCAGAAAAGUGGAACUCCGGCGAGCUCAGGUUACACAGGAAACGGAGCCAAGUACGCGCACGGAAAAAGUAACGGCUCGAAAGAUAGUGCGAAUUUUCACCUAGGUAAUAAUAUGAAUAGUAAUAAUAACAUAAAUAGUGUGAAUAACUUGAAUGAGAUGAAUGAGCUGAAUGAGCUGAAUGAGCUGAAUGAGAUGAACGACAUUAAUAAUAUGAAUCAUAUUAUGAAUGUUCCUACUGUUAGCAAUCCUAAGGGUGUCAGUGGUGUUAAUAGUCUUAGUGGCGUCAGUGGUGUUAAUAGUGCUAAUAGGGUUAAUUGGGCUAACAACGCUAAUAGUGUUAGUACUGCUAAUAAGGCCAGCAGCGCGAACCGCGCCAACACCGUUAACAAUAUUGACAGUACUAACAGUAUUAACGCUGUUGACCAGGUUAACAAUAUUAACAGUGUUAACAAUACCGACGGCAUUAAUAAUAUUAACAGUACUGACAGCGCCCGCGGUGCUAACAACACCCCUAACCCUAUGUAUAUAUUUAAAUCUCCAAAUAAUUAUAACUGCAAUAAUAAUGAUUAUAAUUUUAAUACAAAUAAUAGGUAUGUGAACGUUGAAAAUUAUAACAUCUCGGGUAUCACUCUGGGGAAUAAUUACGUUGGGAAGUAUGAACACAGUGGGAAGAACUUCGCCGAAAUGGAUAUCAGCGCACAGUCGGGACAUCCUAACAACUACGAGGACAGAAGUGGCAGCUGUGUACUCUCACCCGGUGUUGCAUCUGCGCCAGCGUAUGCGAUUCCGCUCGCCCCCUUUGCAGCUUCUUCGACCUUUCAUCCUGCUUCGUCCUUCCAUCCUGCGUCGUCCUUCCAUCCUGCUUCGUCCUUCCAUCCUGCUUCUUCGACCUUCCAUCCUGCUUCUUCAACCAUCAAUCCUGCAUCUUCGUCCUUCCAUCCUGCUUCUGCGACCUUUCAUCCUGCAUCUUCAACCAUCAAUCCUGCAUCUUCUCCUAACUUUGUCGCUUCUUCACCCAUCUUUGCUGCUUCCACACAACCAUUUUCCGCCUCUUCACCCAUCAGUGCCACUUCUGCGCCCGGCGGCUACGCCUGUAGCAUGCCCGUCACGAUUAGCAACCUGAACGGAAACACAAAUGCAAUGAGAAUUCCCCAUGAAGAAGAAGCCUUUAGUAACUUUGCGAAGCAUGAUCACUACAUGGAAAACCUCAAGGGCGGCACCACCAAGACGGACAUUAUGAGAAAUUUGAAAAAUGGAAAUUUCACAUAUAACAGGAAGAGCUCAGUUUUUUGUGCUCCCGAAGAGGGCAACAAUGGCAGUUACUCCAAAAUGGACCCUUCAGUGUGCAGGAAUGUGAACGGCGCAGAGGGCGCGGGGAAGCGGAACGCCGCGAUGAUGAUGCAGAGGGUGGAAGAGGAGAAUAAGGGGACCCCCGCUGCUGGUGAUAACGGAGCGAGCGGCAACGAUGUUAGCGGGAACGAUGUUAGCCGGAACGAUGUUAGCGGUAACGGUGUUAGCCGAAACGAUGCUAGCCGAAACGAUGCUAGCCGAAACGAUGUUAGCGGCAACUUCCGGAGUGGUAACGCCGGCGAAAACGGACAGCGCAGAGAUGGCGCCAUCCUGUACUUCAAGAAAAUAAAAAACGUGAAUAUCUCGUGCAAGCAAAAGUUCCUCUUCUUCAUAUCGAACAUAUUCCUAAGUGAAAGCACGAACAAAAUGAGUGUAAAAGAAAUAAUCCCAUUUUUCGAAGUUAUCAUGGUAAGCAUUAAAGACUUUGUGAGGUAUAUAAAAGUAUUCCCCCCCUCCAUGCCCCUAGUGAAUAACUUUAAAAGCUACUGUAAUGUGAAGACGCCGUACUAUAAGUUCGAAAAAUUAACAUGCGCAGUUACACACUCCCUCUUGGUAUUAACUUACCUUUCGACAGAUCACGAAAUUUUUGUUCUUUGCAAGUUACUUAUUUUGAUAUGCGAAUCUGCUGCAGAUAAGAAUGAGACUUACAAAAUUAUAGGUACCAAACUGUUUAAGAUUGUUCAGGAGGCCAUAAAAAAAAUGCUUGUUCUUUUAAGUCGGAGCGAGCAGAGUGCAAGGGAGGAGACCCUCAGUUUGCCGGUCUACAGUGGGGAAGAAGGCGAAAAAAGUGCUAACGGUGUAAAUGGCGGAAGCUGUGAUGGCACUGUUAGCAGCAGCCUACGCGGUAAGGACGAAACGCCCAUCCAAAGCACAACGAAUGGAAGCGCGCGUGAAGACAAAUCUGAGCACACCAAUCCGGGGAACAUCAACGAACUGUUCCUCCAUCUGGAGGUACUCCUGUGCAUAUUAGAGCAAAUGUGCAGAAACAGCAGAGAACUAAAGAAGCUAGUUACCUCCUACAUAGAAGACACUCAGAGUUACAACGUAAACCACAUGGUCCCAUUCAUCCGUUACAACCUCAUUGAUCACAAAGAGUUAAACAAAAUGUUAUGUAAAAUAUCGAGAUAUAGUAACAACCUCAAUUUUGUUACAUUCUGCACGGAACUCAUCAACUAUGUAGUUAUUAAGAAGAAGUAUUUGGCUGUGGAUCAUGUUAAGAAGACCAUUAAAAAGCUAAUCAUGAUAAAUAAAAUGUUGUGUAGUGAUAAUGAGCAUGCUUAUUUUCCUUCCACGGAGGAGGUCCUUUUGCAAAGCACCAAAAGAGAAUUGAAGCAAAUGUUUGAGGGGCUUAAGUGUUUGAAGAAGCAGACCAGGGAAUCACAAGAAGAGGGAGAGUCCAUAAAAACGUGCAUCAAUCUGACGGAGUACAUAUUCCCGACGAAGGGAGGCAGAGAAAAGGCACGGAAGGAGAAAAGUGCUGAUCGCGUGUGUAAAGGUAGUGGAGCUGGGAAAGCGAAAGAGGAGGAGAUACAGCGGACGAACGGUGAAGUGAAUGGGGAAUACACUCAAAAGGAGAGUAGUAGCAAAAAAGACGCAGGCGCGCCAAACAAACGUGAUCAACAGAAGGAGCAAAUGCUCAAAGAAAAGAAUAAACAGAUCAUGCCCAUUUCAGUGACCCACCAAAAUAGCAACAACGAGCACACGAAUAAACCAUCCGUCACAUCCGAGGAGAGCAGUAACAACAACCCACCCAACGCUGGAAACUCCUUUUUUAUAGCAAACGUAAAAAUUCAAUAUGACCAUAACAACGUAGAUGAGCGCACCAUGUAUUUGUUGGAAAGACUGAGCGUAGAAAAUAAAAACAUCAACUCGGAGAAAAUGAUCAGGAAGGAAAUUGUGAGCAACGAUUUGAACAAAGAAAGUAACUGUGCAAAGAAGGAAAGUGCGAAUCUGAAUGGGGAAAACACGAAUAGCGAUAACAAGGAAGAGCACAUGAACCAUCAUUUAAAAAAUGGAUCUGCGGUAAGUAUAAAUGGUAGCAGUAUUAAAAGGGAGGAUGGGGACGUUAGGAAUUUCGAGGAUAGUAGCGAACAGGGCCCAAAUCAAGCCGCAGAGAAGAAACAUUUUAGCUCCUCCUCAUUGUACUCUUUUGAAUCGAACAACUCAGAAAUGUCAGAUUAUUCUUCGUCCUCCUCCAAUUCGUUUUCACAAAUCAGGCAGGGCGAAGAGGAAGAGAAAAAAAACCACGACAAUGACACAUCUUCGUCUAGCUCCUCCGUCGCCUCGUCCAUGUCGAGUGCAUCCGCCCUAAGCACCUUGUCAGCCUCCUACCUCGCCAUGCAGUCAGAGCUACAAAAGGGUACAAAUUUGAAGAUCCCCGAGAGUCAGAAAAACAGCCUAAUAAAUUACGUCCCCAGCGUCAAAGAAAGCAACGUGAAUGAUAAGCCCCCAGAAAAGUACAUGCAGUAUUACUACGUGCGCGACGUGUUGUACGAACCGGUAAGGUGUAAAUUUUUACCUGCCCCUCCUGUAGUGAAAGAAGAAAUGGGAUUAUUCAUUGCGUACCUUUUUGCGGAGUGGUACAUUUUGUAUAAGAAUUAUUUAAACAUUUUGAAGAUGAGCAUUUGGAACCCCAUGCUGGAGAUCAUAAAGCAGCAACACAUUUCAAAGUGUAUAAAAUAUUUGAUGAAAUUGUGGACCUGUGGCCUUCUUUGCACGGACCACGUUAUGGAUCAGUUUCUGUCUCAUUCGAUUAGCAUUUCGGUUAGCAUAGCUGUGCAGAAUUUGAACAAGUCUGCACACGAUAUCAAACUGGGUGACACCGUGAAUGAGAGCAGUGCAAGCAGCAGGGAGGGACAACCCGUAGAGGGAGACGUGUCACGCAAAACGGAUGUAGCAGAAGUGAGCCAAACGGAUGAGCCACAAUUACAUACGAAAGAAUCGCCCGAGGAGACGGUACAAAAGGGCGAACUUACCGGAAGUAAGGACCAUUGCAACCGGAUAGCACCGGACGAGGGGAAAAAGGAAUUGGCCAAUGAAAACUUCGUGAAGGAUAAAACAAACGAUGCAGAGUUAAGAGAAACGCACAAAACAAGCGAGUUACUAAAUUACAGCUAUGUGGAUGCCUGGUGCAAAAUGGUCGUAACGAUGAACAAGCUAGUAGACCAAGAACAGCUAUCCCCAGUAAUAAUCCUACAGAGGGCCCUCCAUGUCAUAUGCAGAGUCAUACACAAAAAGUGCGAAACUGAAAAGAAGACAUUUAAUCAGAGACCAUACUUUAGAGUACUACACUGUUUGCUGGUCGAUAUUCACGAAAGUUGUGUGUAUGCAAAUGACAUAUAUAUUUAUAUGGACUGCUUUGCGAACUGCUUUUCCUUGUUGUCCCCGUUGAGAGUCCCAUCAUUUUGUUUCUCAUGGCUAGAGCUCAUAUCGUCUAAAUAUUUUAUGCCGAAAAUGUUGUCCAAGAUUUGUGGCUGGGAAGCAUACAAAGGGUUGUUAGUUGCUUUGUUCACCUUUAUGAAUUUUUUUUUAAAAAAGGUAAAGAUAUCGAAAGCGAUAGAGGCGUUGUACAUAGGAACAGUAAGAAUCCUACUGGUGCUGCUACAUGAUUUCCCAGAUUUUUUAUCCUGCUAUUAUGUGACCUUCUGCAGUUUGUUUCCACUAAAUUGUAUCCAAUUACGAAACCUUGUUCUGUCUGCCUUUCCAAGAAACAUAAAAUUGCCUGACCCGUUCAUGUCAGAUGUAAAAAUUGACUUGUUACAAGAAAUUAAGUUAGUGCCCAAAAUUUUGACAAAUAUCAUAUUCCCUCUGUUCAAAAAGAAAUUAAAAAAUUUAAUUGAUGAGUAUUUCACCAAUCGGGAUUUUACUCUACUCUUGCAUAUUAAGGACAAAUUAUUUUUUUCGAAAAGGAAGAUGUACCAGUACUCUGUUAAGUAUGACGUGGAUAUUUUAAACUCCCUUAUUAUGUACGUAGGAACGAGCAUAUGUAGAGCCAAGGUGAAUAAUAUGUUCAGAUUUAACAGUAACUGCGACCCUGUGCUGUUACUGAAAUGUGAAGAUAGCAAAGGCAAUGUGGCUGAUAAUCAAAACGAAUUACUGCAAGAAAUUGUUCUUCGUGACCCGGUGAAGAAAAAAAAAAAAAAAAAAAAAUAUUGUUUCCCCUACAAAACGGAAUAAAGAACAAAAAAUACAUAAAGACCAGGCGGAACCCAGCUUGUCCAAAAAAUAUGUAGAACUUAUGAGGGAGAACAACGAGGGGAAAAAUGAAGGACAGGAGCUUACUGGUAGCUACGAUGACGAAAAUGGUGAAGCUCUGGUGACGGAGCUCCUGGAUGACGAUGACGAUUGUGAUAAUGACAGUGACCACCGCGCAGAUGCAAUUAGCCAAAGAAGGAAGAAGCGAACGAACGUUAUUGUUGUAAAGAACAAUUUGGCCUACACUCUCUUUCUGUUCUUAUGCAAAGAGUUGGACAUGGAAGGGAGGUACUUGCUCCUAUCAAAUAUCGUGAAUCAUAUUAGGUACCCCAAUUCGCACACCCACUAUUUUUCUUGCCUCAUUUUAUUUCUGUUUUCGCAAUCGAACGAUGUUGUCAUUCAAGAACAGAUAAUCCGAGUGCUGCUGGAGCGCAUCCUUGCGCAUAGGCCUCACCCCUGGGGAUUGCUGAUAACCUUUAUCGAAUUGAUAAAAAAUGCCAAGAUUCCACUUUUGGGAAUGCCCAUUUGUCCACGCCGCAACAGAGAUCAAGAAGUUGUUCCAGUCAGUUGCGCAAGCAUGCCUGGGGCGCGCUUAA